AUGAUGCUACGGUGCAGGCGAGCGGGGUCCAUCUUGGCUGAGUUUCUACGCCGUCCAGGGCUGUCUUUGCUUGCCGCUGCAUGGGAGCUCGAAUCGACUGCCGUUGAAGCUCCGGCAGAUGGCUGCACGUCCCCCCGCUCGGGACGCGAGCUCUCUUUGCCGCCAUCAUCCGUUGCUAUCCUUUGCCUUCCAUCCACUUUCCUUGCAUUGCUCCCACCACCAUCCCUUGUAGCCUACUCGUACCUGCGACGACCACGAUACGCGCCUGACACGCGCGCGCUAACGAACACACUCAUGGCCCACUACUCUAGACCGGCUUCGGCUGCCGGUCAUGCUGCCGACCAAAAUGACCUUUCCAACCAGUACCCCUUCUACCCGGACCCGGACCUCAUCCAGGGCAGCGCUGCCAACACGUCGUUCGCGAAUCCAUACGAGGCGUCGGCAGCGUCGCACACCUCGCCCUUUUCGGACGCACAUGCUGCCCAGGCUUCCAUGCUGCCCCUCCACCAGCAGGCACACCAUCCGCAAAUGACGAUCAGCAUCGAGCAGCAGCGACAGGCACACAUGCCGCAGCUCAGCGAGAGCUUCUACAGCCAGGCGGCGUAUGCGCUUGCCAGUCCACCUCCCGCGGCUACCAGCCCCGUGCGCGGCCUCGCUACGCUGCCCGAGUACUCGCAGCCACCACCCGCCGACGGCUACUCGUACUACAACCAGCAGUCCGCUGGCGUGCCCAGUGCUGCGGGGCACUACUCGUCGCUCGGACACGGCGAGGAGGAGGACGACGACGAUGCAGACACAAAGUACUCACCCAACUCGGUGUACGACGAGAAGCACGACUAUGCGGUCGGUAGGGCGGCGGGCAUGGCGUACCUCCAAAGCCCGUAUGCGCAGGUCGAGACGAACGACGACGAGGACAUCGACGACCCCUACAGCGCCCUUACGCGCGAUACGGCGUUCGGCGGCCACGAACACCAGCACAGCGACCAGAGCCCCUACCAUGCCGGCUCGGGCUUUGCAGGCGCUGCAGCGGGCGGAUUCGGUGACAACCACUUUGACACGCAGCACUUUGGCCCCGCGCCCGCACGCGGAGCCCAGCUGCGUCGCCACAAGACCAAGAAGAACGUCCGCCUCACCAAGGGCAAUCUCAUCCUCGACUGCCCCGUCCCCACGAAGCUGCAGACGUUCCUCACGCGGCGAGCCGAGGACGAGUUCACCACCAUGCGCUACUCGGCCGUGACGUGCGAUCCGGACGACUUUGCCGCCGAGAGCUUUACGCUGCGUCCGGCGCUGUACGGCCGCCACACGGAGCUCUUCAUUGCCAUCACCAUGUACAACGAGGACGAGGUGCUGUUUUGCCGCACCUUCCACGGCGUCAUGAAGAACAUUGCGCAUCUGUGCUCGCGCAACAAGUCGCGCACCUGGGGCAAGGAGGGCUGGAAGAAGGUGGUGGUGGCCAUCAUCUCUGACGGACGCAAGAAGAUCCAUCCUCGCGUGCUCGACUGUCUCGCCGCACUCGGUGUCUACCAGGACGGCGUGGCCAAGAACAUGGUCGACGGCAAAGAGGUGCAGGCACAUCUGUACGAGUAUACGACACAGCUUUCGAUCGACUCGAACCUCCAGUUCAAGGGCGCAGAGAGGGGUCUGGUGCCGAUGCAGAUCAUCUUCUGCCUCAAGGAGAAGAACGCCAAAAAGAUCAACUCGCACCGCUGGUUCUUCAACGCCUUUUGUCCGAUCCUGCAGCCCAACGUGACGAUCCUGCUCGACGUCGGCACGCGCCCGGAGAACAAGUCGAUCUACUAUCUGUGGAAGUCGUUUGACCUCAACAGCAACGUCGCCGGUGCGUGUGGCGAGAUCUGCGCCGAGACCAAGGGCAAGUGGGGCGUCGGCCCGCUGCUGCUCAACCCGCUCGUGGCGGCGCAGAACUUCGAGUACAAGAUCUCCAACAUCCUCGACAAGACCACCGAGAGCGUCAUGGGCUACAUCUCGGUGCUCCCCGGUGCCUUUUCGGCGUAUCGCUACAUUGCGCUCCAGAACGACGAGUUUGGCCACGGCCCGUUGGCGUCGUACUUCAAGGGCGAGAAUCUGCUCGGUGCAGAUGCAGACGUGUUCACCUCCAACAUGUACCUCGCCGAAGACCGUAUUCUGUGCUUCGAGCUGGCGGCAAAGAGGGGGCACGGAUGGGUGCUCAAGUACGUCAAGUCGGCACGCGGCGUUACCGACGUGCCCGAGGGCCUGCCCGAAUUCAUCUCGCAGAGGAGGAGGUGGCUCAACGGCUCGUUCUUCGCUGCCGUCUAUGCGCUCUACCACACGGCGCAGUUCGUGCGAUCGGGCCACAACGUGUGGCGCAAGUCGCUGCUCGUCUUCGAGAGCUUCUACUCGUUCAUCAACAUGUGCUUUGCCUGGUUCGGCCUGGCCAACUACUACAUCUUCUUCCGCAUCCUCACCACCUCGCUCGAAGACCCCACCUUCAAGCUGCGCGGCAUCGGCGUAUUCAACGUGUUUAUGCAGUACAUCUACCUCGGCACUGUCGUGGCUUCGUUCAUCUUUGCGAUGGGCAACCGUCCGCAGGGAAGCAGGUGGAAGUACUGGGCGGCCGUGGUCAUCUUUGCGCUGCUGACCGUGUACAUGAUGGUGGCGGCGGUGCUGUGUCUGUCCAAGGUGGUGGCAAGGGUGGAGCACGAUGCCAUCUAUGCGCAGAUGGUCGUCUCGCUCCUGGCCACGUACGGAGUGUACCUGAUCAGCUCGCUGCUGGCGUGCGACCCGCUGCAUCUCGUCACGAGCUUUGUCCAGUACCUGCUGCUUGCGCCGACGUACAUCAACAUCCUCAACAUCUAUGCCUUCUGCAACCUCCACGACUUUAGCUGGGGCACCAAAGGCGACACCACCGUCUCCAAGGACCUUGGCGCCGUCGUGUCGACUGGCAAGGGCACGGUUGAAAUCACCCUGCCCACGGCACAGGCUGAUAUCGACACCGCCUACGAUGACGCACUCAACAACCUCAGGACCCGCCCAAUGAUCAUCCGUGGCGACGCCAGCAACGAGGAAAAAGCCGCCAGGCAGAUGGACUACUACAAGAAUAUCCGCACUAACGUCGUGCUCGCCUGGGCCCUCAGCAACGGCGUCGUCGCCGCCUUUAUCCUCAACGGCGACACCACCGGCACCUUCUCCGGCGGCGGCGUCACCCGCACCAAGGUCUACAUGGUCCUCGUCCUCGUCUUUGUCGCAGGCAUGGCCUGCAUCCGAUUCAUCGGCUCCACCCUCUACCUCACCAUCCGCCUCAUCAACGGCUAG